AUGGACUCCUUCGUCAUUGAGUACUGCUACAAGAAUGUUAAGGUCAAGGAGGGAAGCGCAAACUUCACUGCAGAGUGCCGGUUUUGCCCCUGUCGUACGUUGUCCGGCAGCGUGAGAAGUUCCAGUAACUUCUUGAAACACGUGCGGGAACAGUGUGGCCUCAACAUGUACCUGUUGCACAGGUUCCCGGCCGACCCGGAUUUGAAACGACAGUGGUUAAGUGCCGUUAAUCGCAAAGAUUUCGUACCUUCAUCGUCUUCGCGCGUGUGCUCCGAGCACUUCGUGGACGGCCGGAAAACAGACCAGAACCCCGUGCCCAUGCUGUCUCUGGGUUACGAUAGAAAGGUACUAAAAGGUCAUCGGCGUAUCGUAAAGCAUACACAUGGAACGCCGAAGAGGAUGAGAACGAAUGAGAGCCAACCGGGGCUACUGUCAACGAGCCCAAGUUCCGCGCAAAGCAUGCAAGAGGAGAUGUUGAGGAAUGAACCUCGUAAAAGUGCCACUAAAGAACAAUGCAACACAGAGGAAGUUGCAGUGUCACAUUUCCUCAGUGCUGCUGCAUUGCUUGAGGACAGUGACAUUUGCUUUGAGAGUAGUAGCAUACGGCUUCAUUCACCAUUAUCAUCAGCACACAUUCUUGUGACGGGCUCCCAAGAUGCCGAACGUGCACAACCGCAACGAAUGGAUGCAGGAACCCAGACAUCUGCCAGAGGCGGGCUUGCUGUUGAGGAAAGAGUGGAUGCCGGUACCCAGACAACUGCCACCAGCACAGUAGCAGGACAAACAUAUGACCAGGGAACGCAAUGGGAACGGAACCUCUAUGAGGAUCACUGUUAUGCGCAAAUUCCUGCUACUGAGCCGCACCGCACGUCAUUUGCCAGCACACUCUCUGCUGAUGACAUUAAUUUCUACACAGGGGUGUCACAGCCAGUGUUUAGUGAGAUGGUAGAAAUAGUAACAAUGCUUGCACAGAAGCCAAGCUUUCUGCCACGCGAAGACCAGCUCUUGCUGUGCCUUAUGAGACUACGUCUGGGGCUCCUCUACGGACAUCUUGCAAGAAUUUUUCGUGUGUCCGUUUCAAGUGUGGGGAACCACUUUAUUGAUAUGCUUGGAAUUCUCUCUGAAAUCAUGAAGCAAGUUGUUACCUGGCUACCACGAAGCUACAUUCGCAAUACCAUGCCCGACUCAUUCAUUCAGAAUGGAUAUUCCUGCACCACAUGCAUUCUUGACUGUACUGAAGUUGUGCUACAACGCCCGAGGAAGCUCAUGCCUAGAGCACAGACCUACAGUAACUACAAAGCUAACAAUACAGUGAAGUUUCUGGUGGCAAUUGCCCUGAAUGGCUUCAUAAUGUUUGUUUCCAAAGCUUAUGGUGGAGGUGCAUCCGAUAAACUUAUCACGAAAGAUUGUGGCAUCUGUGACCUUUUCAUGCCUGGGGAUGAAGUCAUGGCAGAUAGAGGCAUCACUCUGGACCACGAACUGCAAGUGCAGGGGAUUCGACUUAACACCCCAGCAUUCACAAGAGGGAAGUCUCAAUUAACAGAGGCAGAAGUGACCCAGACAAGACGGAUAGGUGCUGUACGGAUCCACGUUGAAAGAGCGAUCAACAGGAUAAAGACCUAUCGCAUAUUGAAACAGGCCUUACCUAUUGCAUCUAAGAAGGUUAUCAUUUUCAACAUGGGGACACUUGAUCUCGAGGACAGCGUCUUUAGAUUCAAUUAUGCCGUCAGGAGAGGCGGCAAGCCAUGGGUAAUCUUCACUCACGAAAAUUCCACACUUCACAACGUGGAGCCCAGUCCUAGCCAUAAACCGUUCACGGGCUGCAUUUUCACAUGCUUUGCCAUGUUUUGUCGCCGCAUUCCCAAGGAAUGA